AUGAGCUUGCGUCCAGGAUCAUCUCAUCCAUUGCGGCUGACCUCUCCGCCUCCGUCAAAGGCACUUCUGGAACUGCAGAAGCAGGGCCUAGAGUUGUCAGUCUCUCCUCCGCCAAAUACUCUCCCACCAACCUCAAAUCACGCAUCCGGGAGAUCGACGCCGUCAGACCGGGAUAAACCAUUGCCACUUGAGCCAUCCGAGGGAAAGAGGAGAUCGUCAAGCGUGUAUAGCACUGAUACUACAAUCACCAACAUCAUCCACAUGUACGGCGGAGGAUGUCGUGACUUGGACGACAUCCCACCUUUGCCAACACUGCAUCACCCUCAAGCCUAUCGAGACACCGUUGCACCUCUCCUCAUCAGGCGGCUGAGUCUGAGCCAUAGUCCGUCUCCGCCAAUGAAGGAUGCGCCACGAGAGGCAGUCUCGAACUCAUCACUGAGAUCUGCUGCUACUUAUGCCAAUGCAGUCCCAAGCAACAAGUCAGCUCCUUCAUUUACCGAUUUCUCCCGUCAGCUACAACAGCGCAGGAAUGAAUUGGUCUCGCCCCUUUCUGCGUCGUCAGCUGAACUGCAUCGCCAAGCGACAUACGAUCGACUGGCCCCGCCCUCGCCGCAGCUCUCGUUCGUUGGACAAUCCGUGUCCCUCUCUCAAACCCCACCUCUGCCCGAUGCCAUGUCCGGCACGAUCUCCGAUACCGAUUCUGAUCUUCUUCCACCCCCAUUAGGCUUGAGUAGCUCGAGUCUUCCAACACCACCAUUCGACGACUGGGAAAAGCCCGCCGAGUUCGAUCCUGCUCGACAUCAUGAUCCCUCUGAAGCACAGUCACAACCGCACGGCUCUGGCAAGAAUUGGUCACAGAACUGGUUGGAGGACGGCUUCGUCAACCAGAGUCCAGAGUCUUCGCCGGUUGAACUACACCCCCGGAAGAGCUUCCGACUAAGAAAGAGUACAGCUGAGAAGGACCGAGAGAGAGUGUUAUCUUAUGCCGAAACCAAGUACCCAGCCAUGAAAAGAGACGGCGCGGAGCGGAAGACGCCACGCAAUAGCAGUCGGAGAUCCAGUCUGCAACAGAAUGUUACUCACCUUCUCAGGUCUUUGUCGCGGAAGGGAGUCUCGGGAGGCAAAGGCAGCCAUGGACAGGAUAAUCCACCACGAGAAAGGCAGCUCGCCAUCCCAGCCACGCCAUAUCAAGUGUACGGUGCUGAGAUCUUCUCGGACAAACUGCAGAAGAAGCAGCAAAAAGAGGCGCGACAGGCUCAGCGGACGCGCCAGAGGGGGAAAUCGAUCAGUCUCGUCACGGCGUAUCAAAACAGUCAGAGUCAGAUUGUCGGGGUCCUUGAAGGGGCAAAACGCAAAUUGACACGAAAGUCAUCGCAGAAGAAGCGCAAACUAAAGGACAGCAUUAUCUUCGUUGGUCCAAGUGCAACGACUGGGGCUGAAAAUCCCAUGGAUCAACCCGCAGUCGACGACAACAACUCGUGGAUUUGA